AUGGAAGAAGACGGUUCCAACUCAAACCGCCGCACGUCAGGCCGAACACGAAAAGUCGCCUCCAAAAUGGUCGCCGCACUUGCUAGCUCCGACAACCGCACCCAAGCGGCUCUCGCACGAUUGGAUGCUUUGGAGAAUGAUAAUGCCGGAUUUGAAGUUACAGAUCCCAAUAUUGACGAUGACGAAGCUUCUCUAGAUGACGAUGAUCAAGGAUUUAUGCAGAGAAAACAAUCUAAAGGUACCAAGAGAAAAACAAGACAAGCAAAAGCACUUGAAGCUAGGAAGGCUCCCAGAACGUUUCUUGAGCUCUUACAUGAUGCGAAUUUAGAAUCAUUGCCUCCACAUGUUCCAUCUUAUUGGAAAGCAGCAGUUGGACCUCCAAGCUCAACCGCCCGGCGUCAUUUUUGUACUGUAUGUGGUUUCUCCGCCAAUUACACUUGUGUUAGAUGUGGUAUGCGCUUUUGUUCAAAUCGGUGUCAGAAUGUGCAUAAUGAUACUAGAUGCUUGAAAUUUGUUGCCUAA